ACAACUUUGUUUUGGUUGCGUAAACGCAGACUGACUUGCUAUUUAUUAGGAAAGCAAGUCGCAUUUCGUUCAGGAUUUCGCGAAUACAUGCAGAAAUCGCAUCGUGUGCGAAUGCGAAGGACGUCUCAGUUUCAGUCUAGAGUCAGCCUCCUUAAUCGCAUUUAACUGUUUAACUUUAGCUAACUUUUAACUACUGUGAUUUUGAAUUUGUACUUUUUUUGUACUGACAAAGAAUGGACAGGCAAGAACACGAGCCGUUAGCUGGCAAGCAAUCAAGAUUUACUUCGUUGCUUAUCUUGUGUACAUAAGCUUAUGUCAUAAAUAAUACUAAUAAUAUACAACAACAAAUGACUAUGAAGGAAAAUUGCUACGAUUUUUGUUACAAAAGGACUGCCCAGUGCAGAAUUCGGGACAGUUGAGAAAACAGGAAGUGACUGUGUUGAGAUUGAGAAACCAAUUUCCGUACGCAAAUAAAAGUACGACAUAACGAAUCGUUAUUAAAACGAUGAUAUAGUUUGAAGAAGACUUGCAUUAAAUAUAUUUAAAUAAGAAGAAGGUGGUAGACUCUAAAGUAUUUUUGGUCGUGGAGGAUUAAAUACGUGACCUUUGACACUGCCAUAUCGUACCACACACAAGUAUUGACUUCGUUAUUCAUUCAAUAACCCCGUCGUGUGUAGUGACUCAUCAAUUCAUCAGUAUUCAUCGCUAAUCAAAUCGCGUAAACGAGCAAUUAGUAAACAAACCAGUAAUAGGAUCUCAUCAUCAUCACUUCCGGGUUGAAAAUUUGACCACGCCACACGCUUUGUACUAGCCAUUUUAUACUUGUUCAUACAUACCAAAUCUCCUUGGAAAAUCGGACACAAUUGAAUUAAUUGCUGCAAGAUAAGAUGUCUGACUCUUCUUCUUCGUGGAACGGUGGCGGCAGGGGUGGUCCAGAUCAAGAAGUAGUAAAGAACAAUUCACAGAAAGUAUCCACAUCUCUCUUGAAGAACAAGAUGAUGCGUCAAACCCUGUUACGUUCUUCUCCUGGAGGGAAAGCGUUAAUGUUGGAUCUCUUACUUCUCCUUAAAGACGUCCCUGCAGGAGUCAUGAGUCGAGUCACGGUCGCACUUGCUGGGGUCGGCGGAGGCAGUGGAAACGCAAAUUUUGUCACUGGAAGUGGAAAUAGUGGCGAACCGCGUCCUCCAACUGAAGGAACUGUCAUCAACAAAAGCAAUACGUCGUCCGAGGGCAGCGCCACAGUUUCAGAGUCAAAAACAAAGCCAAAUAACUCUUCCUCAGGAGAUAAGGAUAGGACAGCAGCAGAUAGCAGCAACGGCGGUGGUGGCUCAGAUAACCCUAAAAACCCUGAGAAAAAUAAAGACGCUCAGAAAAAUAUACGACUCACGCCACUAAGUACCCCAAUUAAAAAGGCGUCCCCUCCUCUCAUCAUACCCCCCAUUCAACCACCCUCCUCUGUAUUGAGAAACGUUAUAGAAAUAAAUUCUGAAAAUAAUCGUGUCAUUGACUCUAAAAUGCUGCCUGAAAUCACACGGGAACAGCUCCUUUCUUCAUCACAAGAAGAGGAAGUCUUCCCAUCUACAUUAUCUUCCGAGGACAAGAAAUUUAUAAAAGAAGACAAGGAUAAGCCACAUCCUAAACCAGAACUCUCCAAAUUUCUCGAGACAAACCUGUACUGGCAGAACAUUGAGUCACGAACGAAACUCUUGGUAUCUCUCGUGUCCAAAUCAACCUCCUCCAAACACAAUCUUAUCACCCAUCUUGAUGAGCUCUUUUCCCACAUUUAUCAACACACCGAGACACGCAGCACGGCCGUAGAGUCAGGCGCAGUCAAAGUUCUCGCCAAAAUUAUGAAGACCAAUGAAGGCGAAACCGUCGUAGUGAACAGGACUCGCGAAAUUUUAGCCCUGCUGGGAAACAACCCUCCAACGAAGGGUCAGGGCAUAAAGAUCUUGGCCAUUGACGGGGGUGGCGUCAGGGGAUUAGUCGCUCUAGAAGUUUUACGAGCAUUAGAACGAAUCACGGGAAAAAGAACGUACGAACUGUUUGAUUACAUCUGCGGAGUCAGUACCGGUUCAAUCUUGGCCUUUUUACUCGGUGCCCAUAAAAAAUCCCUGGACGACGCCGAAGUACUCUAUAAAGAACUUAGUCGUGAAAUAUUUUCCCAAAAUUCGUUCAUGGGGAGCGCCGCCCUGCUCUGGAGCCACAGCUACUAUCAUACACCAACUUUUGAGAAAAUCCUAAAGAAACAUUGCGGAGAAAUGCCACUCAUUACGCACGCUAGAGAUCCCACCUUGCCGAGAGUCUCAGCAAUUUCCACCGUCGUAAACCAAGAGAGGGUGUGCCCAUACGUGUUCAGAACGUACGCCCUCCCACCCAUGCAGCGCCCAAAGUACCUCGGAGGGUGCCGGUACCACAUGUGGGAGGCUGUCAGGGCUAGUGCCGCAGCUCCAACGUAUUUUGAGGAGUUUAAAUUGGGAAAUUAUUUGCAUCAGGACGGAGGGGUCUUAUGUAAUAAUCCUACUUCGGUAGCGAUUUCGGAGGCUAAAACGAUUUGGAAGGAUCAGCCACUGCAAGCUGUCGUUAGUCUCGGAACGGGAUUAAUGCUAUCUAGUCGGACAGAUAAGAACUUGAAUGAUCUUAUAGAAAAGGAGGGGCUAAGUUAUCUCUCAUGGAAAGGUAAAUUCUUAAAAGUCUUGGACUCUGCGACAGACACAGAAUCCGUCCACAACACCUUAAACGAGCUCCUUCCACAUUCCAUCUACUUCCGGUUAAAUCCUUACCUGUCAGAAGUGGUCAGACUUGACGAAGCUAGUCCGGAAAAGUUGGACCGUGUCCAACUCGAAACAAGGGCAUAUUUGGAACGAAACGUGGAAAAGGUUCAGUUCGCGUGUAAGACACUCUUGAGAGAGAAAGGGGUCGGAAAAAAGGUGGUCGACUGGUGGUACCAUUACGCUUAAAAAUUAGAUUUUUUUCUAAUUUAUUUGUGUCUGCCUUGCCAAUUCCGGUGUAAAUGUUACAUAAUUUGUACGAAUUUCAAGUUAAAAUUGGCAUAUAUCUACGUAAGUGUAUUCUAUCUAACUAGCAUAUUCUAAGAGUGGACAAUCGUGAUUUCUAACGCGAAAUUUUUUAUCCCGUUUUAUGAAAUUAAAAGCACACUGCAAUGAAAUUAGUUCUAGUUGUGUUUUAUCCUUGCUAGUUAACUAAUCUUAAUUAAGCUGAGUACGAGGAUGGUGCUGUUUUUGUAAAACCAUUUAUUAAAAUUCAUAUACUUACAAUGGACUUGUAACGACAUUUCUGGAAUAAUAAAUAAAGCUGUAUCUAGUCAAU